AUGAGCGCGACUUCUCGAAAGGCCAUCAACAAUCUCCUAUCCUCUCAAUUUUACCUUGCCUUGGCAUUUCUUUGGCUAUUCAGUGCUCAAAUAGUCAUCAGUAGUCCUAUUCCACACCCGAACCCAGCACUCUUUGGUGAAGCCGCUGAUAUCGGUCACUUAGCAGCACAAGGAGGCCGUAGUACAUCCCUAGGGGGUUUAGAUGCGGGCAAGCUAGCAAAGAAUGCAGAAGAAGGCCGGAUUUCCUUGGCCAGUUCUAGAACGAGUCACGUUCCUCAGACUAAUGCUGGAUUCAAUCCUUUCGAACGUUUUUCAACUCCCGAAGUCGAGACACCAGUUAAAGGAUCAAAACCAUCAGAAUUGAAAGAAGUCGGAUUAGAAUCUGGUAAAACUGGACUAGGAGUUGGAAGUAAGGUUAAUAAAGGGAUUGAAAAUAUAAAAUACGCUCUCAAGAAUGUUCAAAUUGGAUUACAAAAUUUAUUUAAUCGAGUUUCAAACUUUUAUACUAAACUUUUAAUUCAAAGAUCACAUGGAUUAGCAAAGAAAGAAUGGAACAUAGGACAACAAUUAUCAAAAUACGAAAAUUUUCAAAAAGAUUUCCUUAGUCGUCAAAAACUUUUAGAAUUGAAAAAUCUACAUUUUACUAAGAGUCAAGAAUAUGAUCUUAAAGCUGAACAACUAAAACAAAAGUUAAAACCUAUCGUCUAA